UGUGUUAGCACACCAGAACGGCGACGCCUUAAUGAUCGACUGGAGUCACCAGUGGAUAAUCCAGAGGACAUGGACAGGGAUGACCUGAUUGAUGAUUCUGUCUUCACUCAUCGCUCCCAAUGCCCUCGGGGUCUUGAGCAAUAUAUUUCCCAGGAGGAGCAGCCUCUUAGUCCCUUUUUGGGACAACUUGAUGAGGACUACAGAACAAGAGAAACUUUCCUGCAUCGAUCUGAUUAUAGUCCCCAUAUCAGUUGCCAUGAUGAGCUCUUGAGGGGAACAGAACGGAAUAGAGAUAAACUCAAAAGCUCCUACUCUGUGCGAUCUGAGGAAAGGAGCCGGGAGGCCAAAAGGCCCCGUUAUGAUGAUACAGAAAAGAUACACAGCAUAGAAGGGGAUCACCCAAAUUUUACAUCAGGGACUCGCAACUAUCGGCAGCGUAGACGAAGCCCAAGUCCUAGGUUUCUAGACCCUGAGUUUCGAGAGUUGGACCUUGCCAGGAGAAAGAGAGAGGAAGAGGAACGAAGUAGAAGCUUGAGUCAGGAGUUGGUGGGAGAAGGUGAUGGUGGCACUGGCUGUUCCAUCCCUGGAUUAUCAGGUGCCCUAACAGCUUCAGAGCCUGGAUAUUCUUUGCAUCGGCCUGAGGAAGUAUCUGCAAUGCCCAAGAAGUCCAUUCUGAAGAAGCGAACUGAGGUGGAUAUGGAGCCUUCUUCUGUGCAGCUUGGUAGUUUUUCCAGCAGCACCAGCACCAGCCAGGAUCACCCAGGGUACUCUGGACGCUCAUCUCUUCCACUAAGUGGUGCUAUUGCAGCUUUUGCCACAGAGAAUGAAGACAAAGUGAGGACACUGGAGACUACCCUGAAGGAACCUCAGGUCAACCUCUACCAAUGGGGUCCCCUCCCCGGGGUGCCCAAAGACAACAGUCCUCUCAGAGAAAGGUUUAGAAGUUUUCUGUGCCACAAAGAAAAACUGGAUUUGAAAGCUGAGGGACAUACAGACUUCUUAUUGCCCCAUGAGAGAGCUAGCCAGGAUGGAAGUGGGUUUUCCCGCAUCCUGAGCAUGUUGGCAGAUUCUACUAGCACACAGGAGAAAAGGCGCCGAAGCUUCCCUGACAUUGAGGAUGAGGAAAAGUUUCUCUAUGGGGAUGAAGAAGAGGACUUUAAGGUAGAGUCACCACCAAAACCCCUUGGGAGCUCUGAGAAUGAAGUUAGGGAGAAGGCAAGCUCCUUGCCCUCUUCAUCUCCGUCUAUAAAGCUGGAAUCCCUGGAAGAGACCAGUCCUGAGUAUGCCAAGAUUCAUGACUUGCUAAAGACCAUAGGGCUGGAUAUCGGAGUAGCAGAGAUUAGUCAACUGGCUGUGCGUACACAGGAACGACUUCAUGGCAAGAAGCCAUCAUCACGCUCCACAGCUGAUCGCCGUUCCUCUGUUGACCGACACUUUUCAGCGGACCGUUGCUCUUCUGUUGACCACCGUUUCUCGGUCGAUCAAUGCUCCUCAGAUUCCCACAGGCUGGAUGACAGGGAGGCACACCAUAGCAAUGCCCGCUCCCCAGAGGGGUCCCAUCCACACCCAGCCUCCCCAGUGGAUCCUUACUUGCUCACAAAACACAGCCCUCCCUUCCUAAAAUCUGACCAUCCAGUGGGGCAUAUUUCAGGACCCAAGGUGGUUGGCAGUGGGUUUCAGUCAGCUGUUGCAGUCAGAUGCGUGUUGCCCUCUGCACCAUCUACUCCAGUUAGGCUUCCCCACUCUGCUUCAUUAUCUCAGUUUCAUGUGCCACAGGCCCCUCAGUUUGCUGCCGCUCGGAUACCUCCAAACUACCAGGGACCUGCCAUCCCUACUACUUCUUUUGAUGCCUAUAGGUCCUACAUGGCCUAUGCAGCUGCAAGAUGGCCCAUGUACCCUGCAUCUCAGCCAGCAAGCCCCCUUCUACCUGAGCUACACAGAAUAAUGCCACUAACCAAACAAGCUUCUCGGAGCCGUCCCAACCUCCUUGUGAUUCCCACUGUGACUCCUGACAAGCCCAAACAGGAGGAGCCAGUGCCAGACUCAGUUCCUGCUCCCCUGGUGCCUGUCCAGGUGUCCAUCCCACCACUCAUAAGAUACAACCCAGAGAAGAUCUCUGAUGAAAAGAACCGUGCUUCUCAGAAGCAGAAGGUUAUUGAAGAAAGGGAAAAACUGAAGAGUGAUCGAGAAGCCCGCCAGAAGAAAAUGUACUAUCUCAGGACUGAGUUGGAACGACUACAUAAACAACAAGGGGAGAUGCUACGUAAGAAGAGAAGGGAGAAGGAUGGUCACAAAGACCCACUCCUGGUGGAGGUGAGUCGGCUGCAGGAUAACAUCAUGAAGGACAUUGCAGAGCUAAGGCAGGAAGCAGAAGAGGCAGAAAAGAAGCAAUCUGAACUCGACAAAGUGGCUCAGAUCUUGGGAAUUAACAUCUUUGAUAAAUCCCAGAAAUCCUCAAAUGACAGUAAAGACCCCACUGAAAAACCUGGGAAAGCAGAAAAAUCUAAGAGCCCAGAGAAAGUAUUGGCCUCUUCAAACUCUUCUAGCAAUAAGGAAUCAAAGGUAAACCAUGAAAAGUCCCGUAUUAAGAGCCCUAAGCCUGCUGAAAGCUCUCAGCCUCCUGCUAAGCAGUCUGAUCAGCCUGUUGCUAGUUAUGAGUAUUAUGAUGCUGGUAACCACUGGUGCAAAGACUGCAAUACCAUCUGUGGGACCAUGUUUGACUUCUUCACCCACAUGCACAAUAAGAAGCACAUACAGGUAGGUAUCUUGCCCUCUGUUGUUUCCACUAUCACCCUCAUUUGCUUCCAACUUCUGUAUGCCCAUCUGCAUUACAAAGCUGAAAGAUGAAGUAUUCUCAAUCUGAAGAGCCAAGAGAUAUCAACAAAGGAGACACUGUCCCUAGGGCUUAGACCAGGGUACCUGCCUAGAACUAACCAUCAUGACAAGUGUAAGUGAGGCCUCUGCCUCUUUUGAUUCUUUACAUGCCUUAUUUUUUUGUUUCAUUUUAUCUAUUUCUAGUACUUACUCUAACAUGUGUUUACCUUUUCCACAGGUGAUUUCCAUUUAAACAGUUGGCAGAAGGGAUGGGUAGUGGGUGGGUAUUGAGGGGCUUCUGUUUCCCUGAUCUUAUAUAUGGGGUGGGGGGAGAAAAGUGGGUCGUUGAGUUUUUAGUACUGUUGUGUGAGCGCCUCUGCCU